ACCCUGGGCUAUGGUGGGAGAUGGAGUCACAGCUGUGUAUAAUUCUGUCCCCAAAUUCAGCCAGAACAAGGAGUGGUGCCUCCUGGUCCAGCCCAGGCAGCAUCACCACGAACAACUCUCUCUCGAUGCUCCCUGUAGCUCCAGGGGUCAGCAGGGCAGGCGUGUGACCCAGAACUCUGAGAGGCAACCCAUGGAGCCAUAAUUGGUAUUCCCUGCUCUCUGAUCUCCCUGCCUUUCCCAGUGUCAAGCUCUCUGGGCAGCUGCUGAGGCAGUGGGUUGGAAAGAAGGUUGGGGAGGGACCACGGCUACUCGCAUUCCCAGCUGAAAUCCUGGCUACCCGGGGAGGAGGAAGUGGGCGGGAGAAUAGGGAGCUGUGUGCUGGGCGUAUAACAGCACAGCUCGUUCCCCUGGGGAGCGACCCCCUCCCCGAACCCCUCGCGGCCGGCCCCAAUUCGUUGGCAGCAGUGCCCAGAGGAGCUUGGCAUUGAAGGAGGCACGUGGGGGAGGCGGGUGUGAGGAGCGAGCACGUGGUCCCGCCUCCUCAGCCCCGUGCAUGCCCCCCGCCCCCUGUGAGGAGGGGUUUGGGGAGGUGGAGGCGGGCCCGGACAGGGGCGGGCGGUGGGCGGUGCAGAGCGUGGGGCUCCUGCCGCAGGCAGGAGCUGUCCGUAAGCCCUAGUGCUGAAGUAGGCGCGGACGUGCUUGGGUGCCCGCCGCGUGGUACCCGGCGCCCGGUGCCCGGGCCAGCGAAGACCAUGGCGUUCAUGGUGAAGACCAUGGUGGGCGGCCAGCUGAAGAACCUUACUGGGAGCCUGGGGGGCGGCGAGGACAAGGGGGACGGGGACAAGUCGGCCGCCGAAGCGCAGGGCAUGAGCCGAGAGGAGUAUGAGGAGUACCAGAAGCAACUGGUGGAAGAGAAGAUGGAGCGGGACGCGCAGUUCACUCAGAGGAAGGCAGAGCGGGCCACGCUGCGGAGCCACUUCCGAGACAAAUACCGGCUGCCCAAGAAUGAGACAGAUGAGAGCCAGAUCCAGAUGGCAGGUGGAGACGUGGAGCUGCCCCGGGAGCUGGCCAAGAUGAUUGAGGAGGACACAGAGGAGGAGGAGGAAAGGGCCUCGGUCCUUGGGCAGCUGCCCAGUCUCCCUGGCUUGGACCUUGGCUCACUUAAGGACAAGGCCCAGACCACACUGGGGGGCCUCAAGCAAUCAGCUGAGAAGUGCCGCAUCAUGUGACUACUUCCUCUGGGGUUGCCCACGGGGGUGACCAGAGGGCUGGCCCCACAUAAGUGCUAACAGCAUGCCUCAAAUUCCAGGGACCCAUAGCCCAUCUUGGCUUUGUUUCCCUGCCCCAGGCCAGCCCCAGGACCCUUCUCAUCCAUGGCUCCAAUCUGCCUUCUGCUUUCUCCCUCUCCCAUGAGACCCAAGUCUCCAUUCCUCACCCUACCCCUCAGGACCCACCCUCCCUACUCAGCCUGGGAAGGCCUCCCAAGAUUGUAAGAAUAGGCCCGACCCUCUCUGGCCAUGGCCCCAAGUUCCUGAACAUAGAAGCACACAUAGAGGGACACACAGAGGGACACAGAGACCCUGCAUGUGCAGAGGGAUAUGCCGCAGAUGCAUCCUGGCCCACGCAAACACAAACACAGGCCAGCUCCCCUGGGUGCCUAGCUCCUCUAGACACCGACAUUCAGAUGCGCUUAGAGAGGGGCUUGAGGCAGACACCCUCAGCAGUCAGGAGGCCUGAGUUCAAGUCUCCACAUUUAUUCUCCUUAAAACCCAGUGUCCUUUCUGGGCCUUAUUUCAUCAUCUGUAAAAUGGGAGUGGACUGGGUGAUUUCUAAGACUUUCUAGCUUGGCCUCCCCGGCCCCUGAGAGUCAACCCCACAGCCCUCGUUGGGUAGGGCAGCAGCUGCAGCCACAGCCUUAAGCGGCUGCCACCGUGGGCUCUGGCUCUCGGAAGCUGAGUGAUGCUGUGAGGGGCCUAGUGCCAAGCAUGAAGCUGGCACUGAACAGCAGCCCAGGUGGCUCCGGGCCUUCUCUGGGCCCAGGGCCCAGCCAAUUUCUGUUCUGUUCCUGUAGAACUCUCUCUGGAUUCCAUAGCUGGAUUUCCUCUCUCAGCUCAGUGAAAAAUAAAAAUUCCAGAUGACCUGCCUAUUCUCCCA